AUGAGUUCACCUCCCUCGUUUGAGCCUGAAACCCAACCGCAACAUGAAUUGACCCAACUUGAAAUGGACGACAACUUUACCAUCAUUGACUCCGUCGUUUGGGGAGGACCGGAUACUACAGAGUAUGAUGAACUCGCGGCAAAACCCAAACCCGAUCGUUCUGGGGAUCCCUGUUAUUGUAGACCUACAGGCAACGGAGAACGAACUUGUGUGGAUUUGAGUUGCAUCCUGCAUGCGUGUUUGGAGGAAUGCCGAUCCAAUUGUCCGGCGGGUGAUUCCUGUGGCAAUAAGAGGAUUCAAAAGCGCGAAUGGAAGGACUUUGAAGUUAUUGAUGCUGGGAAGAAAGGUAGGGGCUUACGAUUGCUAGAAGAUGCUAAGAAGGGAGACUUGAUAACAGAAUACUGCGGUCGUGCUGUCAACAAAAAAUACUUGCCUCGCUUAUUCCAACGCUAUGGGAACGAACGGAAAUUGUACAUUAUGGCCCUCGACAAAGAUAUUUACUUGGAUGCUAGAAGUCAUGGAAGUUUAGCCCGCUACAUUAACCACGCUUGCGAACCAAAUUGUCAGGUGGAACGGUGGAAGGUCCGCGGGGUGGUCCGAGCCGCUGUCAUUGCCAAAUGUGACAUUCCAGCUGGAACAGAGCUCUCCUUUGAUUAUCAGUGGGAACGAAAGCGAGGGCGAGCUCCAACCAAAUGUCACUGUGGUACACCGACCUGUCGGGGAACUCUGGAGGUCACCAAGUCCAUGGACGAGCUGGCGUUGGAAAAGAAACUCAACGCACAUUGGAAGAAACCAUUUAUGAUGCGACCGCAAAACGAGAUUGUCAAUCGAUGCGUCAAGAUUUUUUCCAAGGAAUCUCAAAUCUAUUUUAUUGGGGAUGUCACGUCGUACGAUCCAGAUACGGGGAAGCACUUGAUCAUGUAUCGACACGAUUUUGAAGAAGUCUGGGAAGAGCUCAAGAACGAAGACUGGAUGAUUCUCGACGAAGAAGCUCAACAAUUUAUCAUUCGCAAGAAGGUGACUCCUUUCAAGAUUAGUGAUGAAUCUUCGUCUCUCUUGAACAAUAACAUGCUACCUGGAAUGCUCCUACAGGGCCGGGGACAAAUUGCAAAGAACUAUCUUUAUGUUCCGACUCAGGUCAAGACGACCAUGCAAUCCAAACACUUGAUCGAACGAUGUCAGCGAACUUGCCGUGUUACCAUCACUCUACAAGAGUUUACGAUCAAUUCUGUAAUCAACAAGACAGAACCUGAAGACACAGAACACAAUGAGAAGCUGACAGCAAUCUCCAAAAGUAAGGAUGGGGUUGCCUGGAAGUUAACCAUUUUGGGCGACGACAUUUCCAAAGCACAUGCUAUUUUAGAAAAGAACGUGGCCUUUACGGAACGGGUCCUUGCCACAGAAGCAGCAAGUGGAGUUGCCAACGGGGUCAGUCCCAGUCCAAUGAUGCCCACUCCAAAUCGAUCUCCUUUGCCCAAUGGUCCAGCCGGUUUGGCAAUUACGCCCAGCCAACUCGUGACACAAAAUAGUACCGAAGUCAUCUUACCAAGAACAAUUGUGGAUCAAGCAAAGCAAUUGUUGCCAGUUGUGAGAGACUUGUGUCGGAGCGUCAACUUUUCGUUUGCACCAUCGGAAUCGAAAAGUAAACAAUUUGCAAAGAUUUUGGUGGAUGGAAGCCUCCAGUCGGAUGUGGAAGCCGCCAAGGGGCAUCUUUGGCAUUUGUUGGAACAGGCCUGUCAAGAAAAUAAUGCUCCCAAGACUCCUUCCGGUCUAUACAAAGACUUGUGCAUUUUGGGAGGUGAGAUGAGCAGUCGUGACUUUCACAAUCUUUUGGAAUAUGGCAAGACAGAUACAGGAAACCAAUUUCUAUCGAAACAAGAGAGACAACAGCGCCAGCAACAGGAAAUGAUCAGACGUCUAGAUGCCAAGGAAGACCUUACCAAAUGGUCUCCUUUCUUCGCUUCAUUCGAGAUUUGUCAAAGAUGUACGAUAUGGGUCCAGUCUGAUUCGGACAAGGGCCGUAUUGAUAGCGCCAAUCGACGAGUGAGUGAAGCCACUCCAGAUGCACCCCGAAAGAUAUACUUUGGAUGUAAUCCGAGAGAAAUACCCAAAUUGUGGGAUCUUGUCAAGUUGCGGUCCCAAGAAGUUGGACGGGGCGUCAAAUAUUUGUACCUAGGAUCGGAUCGUUUGUAUCAACCAAUGAUGAUGAAGAACAGUGGCCGAUUCUUCGAAUUUGUGCAAAAAGCGACUGGAGCCAAUGUCACAGUAGAUGGGAUGACUGGAGAUCACUUGCGGAUUGACGGUCGCACUAAGGAUGAGUCGAGUAACCCAAUUGACGAAAACGGAAAAUCAAGAUCAGAGGAAGAACAAGCAGAAUUGGCCGAAGAAUUGGUACGAUUACAAGUCGAAAUAUUUCGCGACAAUGCCAUUCGCAAGCAGAAUUGGAUUUUUGGAAGGGAUUGGACACUGGCGGCGAAGAAAGCACGAGGCAAUUCUUCUCCUGACGGUUCACUUGCAUCCGGAAUCAGUGCCUCUUCGUCGAAAUCAGUCUCUUUUGAUUCGAAAACACUCAUGCAAGCCUGCGUCGAAAUUGAAGAAAUCGUUACAAAUCUCAAUUUCCGAGGCACGGUGGGGGCUCAUGCAGCAGUGAUUCUGUAUCGGUAUGCUGCCGUUUUGCAGGAUACCCAACUAAAGAUUCGUGAAAUAUUGCUAGCGGCUAUUUUCAUUGCAAACAAGGCACAAAAGAACAAGAAAUGGAAACCCUUGGAGCAUAUCUUGAGGGCAGCUUACAAGAGCUUCUAUCCUGGAGUGCAUUUUGAUUCGAAGAUGGCCGAAGUAGUUGUUUGGGAAGAAAAGGUCCUUGCAGCCGAAUCCGAGAUAUUGCUAUCUCUUCAAUACGAUGUCUUUUGGAAAGGUUUUGAUUGGAUUGAAGCAGCAGCAAAUCAGUCUGGGGGAAUGGAUAAAAAGUCAGCCAGAAAUGCUCUGAUAUUGUCGGUCAGUGGACCUUUCAUGUCAGCCGGGCCUGAAGUUUGGCUCGAGUAUGGUCCUGAUCAUAUAUUCGCUGCAGCAGCUGGUUUCAUGGGGGAGAAGAUAGAACCACUCUUCUCAGCGUUGUCACUGAUACCCAUUCGGGUUAUGCGUGUGGCAGAGAUUAUUUCUUCAUGCAUCAAAGAAACUGGAAGAAAACAAUCGGAAUCCAUUUUUGAGCGCAAAAAAGCAUUUUUGAGUCGGCUGGAAGGAAUCAACACAACCUGUGUGUCAGCGAUGAUUUCAUUCAAUACUGACAAUCCAAGUGGACAGCUUUCCGAGCGGGAACAGAGAUAUCGCAUCAUUGGAGAUCGAUGUCGAAAGCGACGUGUCUACUCUCAGAUUGCCAAGGUAACGAUAAAGGAAUUGAUACUUCCAUACCUAGAUGGUAUCAGUGCGGAAAGUAAUUGCAACAUUUACAUCGAGCAAGGCUCUCAGGAAGGUUUCUAUGAUGUCGCGAUGGAAGGCUCAUGGAGAGCCAUUUCGAUUGCAUCCUUCUUAUUGGAUGAGUCGGUAAGAAGAAUGGGACAAUUGCCGUCGCCAUUGGAUAGUACAACCAAUGUGAAAUCUACAAGCAUCAUUCAAGCAAAGGGGGAUGCUGGUUUGGUUCAAAUGGAUUCCAUUGAAACUGUUGAUGCUUGGAUGGGGACUAUACAAGCAGAUAUUGAAAAGAAGGCACCCUGGGGACGCAAGACGGGGGGAAAGUGCUGUGUUCCAGGCAAAAUCAAGGAGUCAGAUUUGAGGCAAGCUGGAUUGAGAUGGUGGCUUCCGCCAAGAUAUGGCCCAACCACCUCUGGGUCCAUUUGCGAAAUGUUCCUCAUCAACAACGGUGACUCCGAAGCAAUCGAAGCCCUUGGGGACCUGACGCAGGCAUUCCAAGGCGAAUCCGAGGCAUUCUCCCGCCUGAAUUCUGCUGCAUCCCAGCAAUUGAAUGGCAACAGUGAUCGAUUUGUAGCACUUUCAAUGCAACGAUGGCCCUCCGAGAAAGUGGCCAAUUACGAACAGAAAUUGGUAGAUGGCUCCAAGAAGGAUCCAACGAAGGCUUCCACGAAGGAUUCCAAGAAGAGGAGGAAAGAUAGGGAGAAAGACACCGCUCCAGUUAAAUUGGGCUUUUCCCCAGCUGCUUUGCAAGAGAUGCAACUACUUCACAAAAUUCAUGGGCUCAUCAAGUCUCCUUACGGUCAUCCGAACUUUGUGCUUCCUGUUGGUGUUGCCAUGCCAUCCGAAGUCGAAAAAGAAGACGUUGAUUCGCCAGUGAGCGGAUCAAAAAUCUUGGAUCAAAAGCGUAUCAAUGAUGACAUUGAAGACAUUUUCUCGCUCACAAGAACAAGCUUGGAGAACGAGGCCGCGGCUCAAAGUGAACGCAAACGAAUUGAAAAGAUAUCGGGUCCACAUCUCGUUUUCCAUGCAACGCCCUUUGUCAUGCAACGUUUCUGCAGCAAAAAGAGCAAGAAAGAACCAGUCAGUCCAAGCAUCCUUGCAGCAUGGUUUAAUGACUUGCUAUCCGCGAUGCUGCACUGUCACUCCAAUGAUAUAGUCCUGAGAAACUUUCAAGGGGAUCAAAUUGUCGUAGACCACAGUGGAGUCGCCAAGUUUGCUGGCUUUUAUCGUGCCACGAUUUUGAGUUCCGCAGACAGGUUGAUGGAUAUUUACAGAAUGGCAGAAGAUGGGGAACUCAAACGCGAAGAAAAGAGCAAGAGCACAGAAAUGCUGAGCAAUCCAUAUGCAGCACCUGAAAUACUAUUGGGGGCACCCAAAUUCAUGAAAGAAACCGACAUUUGGACCUUGGGCUGCUUCUUUGCGCAUUUGCUCCUGGGUCGUCCAGCUUUUGGUGGGAGCAGUCGAGACUCACCUCCCAGUAGAGAAUCCAUGCUGACAGCAAUGUACAAGAUGGUUGGGGUUCCUGCCGAAGAUAACUUUCGAGAGGCAGCAAAAUUCCCAUACUACCGCAAGCCGGCAAAGAAGUAUCCUCCAGAUGUGAAGAAAGCUCUCAAUGCCAUGUUGAAAGACGAAGCUCCAAAACACAUGGAUGCCAUUGAUUUAAUUGACAAGAUGCUUCGAUUGGACCCACGAGACCGAGUAACAGCCGAAGAGGCCUUGCAACACAAAUUUAUGCAAGAUUACAUCGAACAGAGCAACGAAGCCGAGUUUCGUGACAAGUUUGUCAAUGACUGGAUCUCGUUGAAACGCAAUUCCAUGCGCCCCAACGAUGAAAUGGAAAAGGAACGUGGAAUCAAACGCAAAGCAAUGCUAAUGGCAGCCUCCAAUACCGCCGCAGAAACCAAGACGGAAGCCGACGAUCUAUAUGAUAUGGACGACCUUAUGGAGUCAGCGACGAAGGCAGCCAAAGUGGAUUAA